AAUAUGGAAAGUUAUGAGAAUUCUACAGAAUGUUUGAGUGCACAAGAGAAAGGGUUAAAUCAUGUUCCUGAUUAUUACGAAGUUCCACCCUCUCAACGUCCCACCUUAAACUCACCCUUUGCUGAUGUUCCUUUGAUUGACCUUGCUGGAUUGUAUGAGGGCCCCACUCAACGUUCUGCUGUCAUUCACUCUAUUCGUCAAGCUUGUUCUAACUUGGGCUUUUUUCAAGUAAUUAAUCAUGGCAUAGAUGAAUCAGUUACAGAAAAAGGGCUUGCAGCAGCAGAAGAGUUUUUCAAGUUGCCAGCAGCAGAGAAAUUGAAGUUUAAGUCAGCUGAUGUUCAUAAGCCAGUGAGAUAUGGUAGUAGCCUCAAAGAUGGUACUGACAAAAUUCAAUUUUGGAGGGUUUUUCUCAAACAUUAUGCAAAUCCUUGGAAAGAUUGGAUUCAAUUUUGGCCUCAAAAACCACCCACUUACAGGGAAAACAUGGGGUUAUAUUGUUCAGAAACGCAGAAAUUAGCAGUGACACUAACAUCAGCUGUCACAGAGAGUCUUGGUUUAACUCCUAACUAUCUUACCCAAAACAUUCAAGAUGGGAUGCAAGUUAUAACAUCAAAUUGCUACCCACCAUGUCCACAACCUCAACUAACACUUGGAUUACCUCCACAUUCAGAUUACAGUUGCUUGACUAUCCUCCAUCAGAACACAACAGGACUCGAAAUCAAGGACAACAACGACAAUGGGUCUUGGAAACUCGUACCUUUUGUCGAUGGUGCCUUACAAGUGCAUAUAGGAGAUCAUUUUGAAGUUUUAAGCAAUGGGUUAUACAAAAGUGUGGUUCAUAGGGUUGUCCUUAAUUCCGAGAAGACUAGGAUUUCGAUUGCUAGCCUUCAUAGCCUUGGUUUGGAUGAGAAAAUGGAGCCUGCUCUUGAGUUGAUUGAUGAAGAUCAUCCUAAGAAAUACAAGGGAAGUAGCUUCAAGGAUUUCUUGAAUUUUCUUAGUGUUAAUGAUAUUGGUCAAGGGAAGAUUUCUUUCCUUGACACUCUUAAAAUUUAGUGAGU